AUGUUCGAUAAUCCCGAUACCAGUCUCUAUGAGAAGCGAGGCUGGCUUCGAUUGGUUGACGAACACAAUACUGAAAUAGGUAAAAGAUAUGUAAUAUUCAAUGAUGCUGAGCUAGCUCUGUAUUUAGAUGGAACUCUCAGCGAGCUUGACAAGAAGUUCAUGGUUACUAGACAAACAAAAGCAGAGCUUCUCGAAGAUCGCAAAGAAUCGACAAUUAAAGUUACAAUUGAUGAAAAAACGAAACCUUUAUAUUUUAUUUCAGCGAGAAACGAAGAUAUUUCAUGCUGGAUGCUUGCCAUCAAUUCCAAAAAGCUUGAUAUGCCUAAAUUAUCUAUGAAUGACUUCAGAAUCAUCAGCGUUAUCGGUAGAGGUUAUUAUGGUAAAGUUAUGCUCGUUCAGAAGAAGGAUUCGGGUGAACUAUUUGCUAUCAAAUACAUCAGAAAGUCGCGCCUGAAUGAUGACAAUGGAAGUUCUGUCAUUGCCGAGCGUAAUAUUUUAAUGAAAGUUCGUCAUCCUUUUAUUGUUAAUUUAUGCUUCGCAUUUCAGACAGAAACAAAAGUUUACCUUGGUCUUGAGUACGCGGCUGGUGGCGAAUUAUUUUACCACAUGGACCAAGUUGGAACUAUUCCAAUUGAUGAUGCUCGCCUUUACAUUGCUGAGAUUGGUCUUGCUUUGCAACACUUGCACUCAAUCGGUAUCGUUUACCGCGAUCUAAAGCCAGAAAACAUUUUAUUUGACGAAAAAGGACAUAUUAAGUUAACCGAUUUUGGUUUAUCCAAGAGUUUAGACACAUCUGAAUCAACAACUACUUUCUGCGGAACAUGUGAAUAUCUUGCCCCAGAAAUAGUUACACAACAACCUUACAGCUACAAAGUAGAUGAAUGGGCUCUUGGUGUACUUGCAUUUGAAAUGAUUUUUGGUCAGACACCAUUUGCCGAUGAAAACAAAGUUUAUUUAUUUGAUAAAAUUGUUUCAGAAGAUCCAGAGUUCCCAUUCCUAUGUGAUUUCAAGGUUACAAACUUCAUUCUCAGAUUGCUUACUAAGGAUCCGGAGAAAAGACCUUCAUUUGCUGAAGUUCAAGAUGAUCCUUUCUUCGCUGGCCUUGAUUGGGAUAAGGUAUAUAAGCGCGAAUAUACACCCCGCUUUAUUCCGAAGGUAAAAGAUCCACUUCAUCCAACUAAUUUCGAUCCAGAAUUUACAAAUGAAAUUCCAACUGAUUCUUUAUGUGCUCCUGGCCUAGGUGAUAUAGGAAAUAUACCAGGAUUCUCAUUUAUGGAAUCAAAGCUUGGAUAA